UAUAACGUCCAAUACACGCGGGUUCCCUCCGACGACGGCAACAAACCCUUCGCCGCCCACUUCCUACGUCGCCGGCGGACGAUGCCCUUCGCCCCUUUCUUCCAUUCUCAAUUAUAUUCCAGAGCGAGGAGAUUCCAAAGCAUAGGCAAGUCAGCGCAGCCACCGGCCUCCCGCAUCACCCACGUUUUCGCGCAGUGUGGCUGAGCUGGUUAAGUGUCCCGUUCGAUCGGUCCGUCGCAGGAAUACGCGUUGCCCGUUGUGCUUGAACAGUCUACGGUCGAAAGAUUGAUUCUCAACCAGUCCCGUGAAGUCAACCUUACUUACCCUCUGGAAACAAGAUUCCACCUUGGCAUCAGCCGGGAUUUUUUAGCUUCCGGCUAAUUUCUGGAGGGGUUCUAGAGGGCCCAAUUUCAACAGUAUCAGAUCACGUAUUGGGUUCACAAUAAAAUGUAUCUACAGGAGACUAAUGAAGGAGAAUAUAUAGAAACAGUUGAAGAUGAAGAUGAUAGGGAAGAUAUUUUGUUUGAGAAUGAAAGAUGUGGAAUAUGUAUGGAUGUAGUCAUUGAUCGAGGGGCUCUAGAUUGCUGCAAUCAUUGGUUCUGCUUUGCCUGCAUCGACAACUGGGCUACCAUUACAAAUUGCUGCCCAAUUUGUAAAAAUGAAUUUCGCCUUAUCACUUGUUUGCCAGUAUAUGACACCACUGGAAGUGCUAGUGUUGAGAAUUACUUGCUUUCCAGAGAUGAGGAUUGGAGUGUUCAAGGGAAGAACAAUACAUUGUCAUUUCCUUCGUACUACAUCAGUGAAGAUGCAGUUGCAUGUUUGGAUGGUGAUGGUUGCAAGGUUCGAAGUGGAUUGGCAACAAUUGAAGAUGAUUUAGCUUUUGACACAUCAAUUGCUUGUGAUUCGUGUGACAUAUGGUAUCAUGCCUUUUGCGUUGGAUUUCACCUUGAGUCCACAUCUAUCGGUUCUUGGUUAUGUCCUAGGUGCUUAUCUGUUGAAGGAUUACAAAAUGUAGAUCAUGGUCCUGUAGAAGAUCAAGGAGUGAAUUCUGUUUCAAAUGAUCCUGAACUUAGAUGGGCAAUUGACCAUUCUUUUCUUGGAAAGGUAUCAGUAUCUGUUGCUGAUGAUGGAGAAACAGCUGUUGUUGUUUCAAUGGUUCCAAAGAAUCAGAUAGAUGCAAAUAAAGUUGGUUCUUCAUUGGAGAAUCAUGUAAAUACAAACACGAGAAAAGAAAAUGAAACAUCUUUAGCCAAUUCUAAUGUUGAUAAUAUUCUGCUCAAUGUUCCAGUUGAUAAGAUUGCUGGUUACAAUCUUAGAUGUAAUGACUUGAAUUACAGCAAAGACCGAAUUGAUGGAAUGGAUACUGAAGAAGAUAAUAACCGUAAUUGUUUGUUGGAUAGGUCACCUGAAAUUGAACAGCUUGAUGAUGAACUGGAAAAAGUUCCUUCAUCAUUGCCAUCUCUGUCAAGUGCACCUUCCAAUAUUCUUGAUUCAACAACAGGGUUAUCACAAGUUCAACUGCAUGGACCUCUAGAAGAUAAUUUUGCAAAAGAAACAAUGUGCAAUUCUUCUAGAUAUGAUGAGCAUGAUGACUCUUUUUCAUUGUCAUGUGGGUCUUACCAAAAUAUUGCUGAACUUCAUCAAGAUAAAUUUGAUGAGUUAGCUGAUGUUGCUGGCAACGAUUCAUUAGUUAUUAGUAGAAGCUUACACAAUCCAGAGGAGUGUAAUAUGUCAGUAGAUGGGAUUAUCACUAGUUCUGUUGAGGAUGUGGUUAAUGCCAUUUGUCAAGAAGAUUUUAAAGUUGCAUCUUCAGAAAAGGAUAAUACGAUUGAAUCCAGUGCUGGAGUUUCUAUGAAGGAGAAUACAGUUGAAUCCAAUGAUCUUAUAAUGGAUGUAAAUUCCAUAAGCAAGCAAAAUGGAAAGCGAAAACAGGAAUCACAGGUUGAAAUUAAAACUGUGGAGUGUUCAAAGAAACUUAAAUUAGAUAAGAUAUCUCUGAUGAAACCUUUAGGAAGUCAAGUUAAUGCUAAUAUUCCAAUCUAUUCGAAGGCUGUUACAGAUAAUGAAGAUGAUAAUAGAAAAUAUACUGCAAAAGAUGGAGUUCUGCCUCCAGAUAUAAUGAGUAUUGUUCGAGAACGUAAACAUAAACCCCACGAUGGUCAAAUAGGAAGAGUAAACAAACUUAAAGGAAACACAGAUGAUUUGGCUGGGCUUAGAGUGAAGAAGAUCAUGAGAAGAGUUGGAGAUAAGGCAGAUAAGGAAAUUAUGGUUCAGAAACUGGGAAAGGAGAUAGAAGAAGCUAUUCAGGAUAAAACUUCUUGUUCUAAGGAUAGUACCUUUCACAGCCAACUCUUAACAGCAUUUCGUGAAGUGAUCAUGAAACCUAGAAUUGAAGUAACUAAUAAGUUUGAGCCUAAUCUUCGAAUUAGGAAACAAUUACUCAAAAAAGGAAAAAUACGUGAAAACUUGACCAAAAAAAUUUAUGCUACAACAAGUGGGCGGCGAAGACGAGCUUGGGACAGGGAUUGGGACAUUGAAUUCUGGAAACACAGAUGUCCUAAAGUAAAGCCUGAAAAAAUUGAGACCCUGCAGUCGGUUCUUGAGCUUCUAAAGAAGGUAUCAGCUCCUUGCUCCGAGAGUAUGGAUUUGGGUCCUGAAGGAGAUGCAAAAAAUUCCAUUUUAUCUCGAGUAUACUUAGCUGAUGCAUCAGUUUUCCCAAGAAAGGAUGAUAUCAAGCCUCUCUCUGCUGUGAUUGGCGAGGAGAAGGAUAAAAUUCUUGCUAAUGAUGCUUCAUGUGAUGUUGUUGCCAAUAUAACAAAAGGUUCAAAGCUCCAGACUAAAUCACAACUGUCAGGUAAUGAGGGAAAGCAUUAUUGUGCUCCAGUUGCUCUAAAACAAAAAUCAGGAACUUCUCCAGUGUUGGCUGCAAGUAUUCUCAAAAGCAAAGCAAAAAAUUCAAAGGAGACAUCUGUUUCUUCAACAAAUUUGAAGGAGACAGAUAAUAAAUCUGCCAUGGACAAGAGUGCUAAAAGGAAAUGGGCAAUGGAAAUUCUUGCUAGAAAGAAUGCAUCUACGAGUUCAAGGGCAGUUCAAGACAUUCAAGUAGAUGGAGCUCUACUCAAGGGAAACUAUCCAUUGCUGGCCCAACUUCCUAGUGACAUGAGACCGGUUCCAGCACCUGGACGCCAGAAUAUAAUUCCAUUUUCAGUCAGGCAGGCACAACUAUACCGCAUGGCUGAGCAUUAUUUAAGGAGAACAAAUUUAUCUGUGAUUCACAGAACUGCUGAUGUUGAGUUGGCUGUAGCUGAUGCAAUUAAUGUAGAAAAGGACAUUUCAGAAAGAUCAAAGAGCAAGAUGGUUUACAUAAAUCUUUGUGCACAAAUUCUAUCUCAGUGCACUAGUCUUCAAUCAGAUGCAACUACAUUUGGUCAAAUGGUACACAAAGAUUGUAGUGUGGAUCAGGGAGUCGAAAAUCCUGAAAAUGGUAAAAAACAGGAUACCGAAGAAACUAUCUCAAAGAUAACACCAGUUGGGUUCACUGAUGUUGAAGAAAUACUGAGAGUUGCUGGUCUUUGCGAUUCUCCCCCUAGCAGCCCUGUUAGAAUUAUAAAGGAUCACAAUAAUGACGUGGGGCCAAAUAGCGAACAUCAAAAAGUUGAAAAUGUCCUUCCCGUUAUCCAUCCUCAGUGUACACAUGAAGAUUCAAAGUUAAAGUUAGAUGAUGACGUAUACUCUGCAUCUUCCAGUUGUGCAAAUUCUUCAAAAGGAUCAGAAUCAGAAAAUGGAAAUGUUACAAUAAAGAGCAUCCUAUCACCCCCAGAAGAACCAUUUAAAUAUUCCAACUAUGAUUCUUCCAAAUCUAAGAGUUCAGCAGAAAUGUUAUCUGUCAAUAAUCAGGAGAAUGGGGUGGUCGAGGCACCAUCUUCCAAAUCUAAGAGUUCAGCAGAAAUGUUAUCUGUCAAUAAUCAGGAUAAUGUGGUGGUUGAGGCACCAUCAUCUAAUUGUUUGAAUUUACUUCAGCAAGACAAUUCAUGUGGCAAAGGAAAUGUGUUAGUUAAGUUUGAUUCUUCAACUCCUAUAUUUCAACAAGAAAAACUCAAUGAACUCUCCUCACCCGAGCCCAACAAGUUGCAUGAACCAAAAAAAGAACCUCUAACAAUAUCAACUGAUGUUAUUGGGGAGGACAGCAAUGUGAUGGAGAGGGAAGAUGCUAGCUCAAGUGGCAUCAUUAAUAAAAAUAAAUGCGAUAGUUCAAAAGAUGGAUCUGCAGUGCCUAAGCUGGAAACCAAUAGCUUAUCUGAGAAUAGUGUUCUUGGUGACGAGGUUCCUCUGAAAGGUGUAUCUUCCAGAGGAAAAAGUUCAUCAGAUUCUUUAAGUUGUGAAGUUGCUCCUAAUGUGGAACUGUCUAAGCCCAGUGGUUCUAGUUCUUCCGAGCCAUCUCAUUCCGUCUACAAAAAGGUUGAGGCAUAUAUCAAAGAACACAUCAGGCCACUUUGCAAAAGCGGAGUGAUUACAGUCGAGCAAUACAGAUGGGUCGUCGGGAGAACCACCGAUAAAGUGAUGGGAUACCAUGGUGAUGCCAAAACCGCUAACUUUCUCAUUAAGGAAGGAGAUAAGGUGAAAAAACUUGCCGAGCAAUACAUCGAAGUUGCUCAGAAAAAAAUGUAGUAGUUUCUGUCAACUUAAAAUUGAGUAUCAAGGUUUUAUUGCCAGAGCUUCUUCUCUUCUCCCUUUCUAAAAUCCAUGAUGUUUAUUCCUCAUCUCUUCUGCAUUUAGAAAUGGCUCAAUGUUAAGGCUUAGUCAUGGCCAAUCUGUCUGUUGUUAUUGCUGUGUGCUCGAGUAAUAUAAUUCUACUAUCCAAGGAGAGUUAUCUGUUAGGGAAAAUUUUAUCUU